CAUGUAUUGAGUUAAAGUUUGUUUCCUUUUCCAACUCAGCAGCUUAAUAAAAAAACGAGAUGGAAAGUUUUCCUGCUCACAUGUACUUCAGAUCCCAGCCUAGCAGACAGACACUCUCUUCUCUCACCAGCAACUAAGACACGAUGAUGCAAUUAAGGACUUUAAUUUUCACAUUGAUUAUGCUCCCAUGGAUACUGUCUUCUGCAGCAAAAGAGGAAUACAUGGAAGUCAGAAAGCCUAAGAAAGACACUGUAAACUUUCCAGACUAUGAUACCCUUCAAGACUCAGACACUGACCCAGCAGCAGCUCCAAAAGCCGCUGAGCUGCCGACAUGUCUGCUGUGUGUUUGCCUGAGUGGAUCUGUUUACUGUGAGGAGGUGUCACCAGAAAUGUCAGCCGUCCCAGCCCUGCCAAAAGAAACAGCACAUCUCUAUGCACGUUUCAAUAAAAUAACAAAAAUAAGAAACCAAGACUUUGCAGACACAGUCACAUUAAAAACGAUUGACCUAACUGGGAAUCUCAUCACUGAGAUAGACGAUGGAGCUUUUUCAAAACUUAUACAUCUUGAGGAGCUCACUCUUGCAGAAAACAGACUGACUAAACUUCCUAUGCUGCCCCCCAAGCUGAUGUCAUUCAAUGCCAAUUUCAACCAGCUUAAAACCCAGGGUGUGAAGGCAACUGCUUUUAAAAAACUCACGGGACUGGCAUAUCUUUACCUUGGAAACAAUGUACUGACAGCCGUGCCCCAACUUCCAGAGUCUCUUCACGUUGUGCACCUGCAUGUAAAUUCAUCUAACAACAAGAUCUCGACAAUAACAGAUGAGACCUUCUGCAAAGGGAACAGCAGUCACUACAUCCGGACCAACAUGGAUGAGGUGAGACUGGAUGGGAACCCCGUCCAGCUGUCGAAGCACCCCGAGAGCUUCACCUGUCUGUACUCCCUCCCUAUCGGAUGGUACAACUGAAAUAACCAAAGCAUGCUUUUGACGGAGGUAAACCCUUCUGGGGGAGUUCUGUGUAGAAUAAAGGAUGCAGAUACAAAGAUAGUAAACAUAUCAGUUGCAAAAUGCAGUUCUUAAGUUACAUUUUAUAUACUCAAAAAAGUGCAAGACCUCUUAUAAACAGACAGACAUUGUAUGAUUACAGAACAGCAGGAUGUGUUAUCAAGGGGAAGAAAUAGCUUGUGUUUCUUAUCAAGUUCUAUCUCUCAGUAUUUAACACAUCUGUGCAAUGUGAUGUUUUUAAAUACAAAGACUAUUUCUUCAUAAUUUUUUUGUUACAAGUAUUGCUGAGGCAGUUAGACCAGUGGCUUUAUUACUGCUAAUCUUUCUUAAACUGAAGAUCAUAUUUUACAAUAAAUUUGCAUGUUUUUCCAUCUGC